GGGUGUAGUGAAGGGACAGGAACGUGACCCCACUCCCUGAGACGUCCAUUCGCAUUCAACUUUCCCUCUAUUUCUCUCGCCUUUUCACCCAUCUCUCUUUAUCCUGCCUGUCCCAAUUCGAACCAAAAUGGGCAGUAGCGGCGGACAAGCCAAGAGAUGGAGCUGGUCCUCCGCAUUCAUAGGGGCGGCAGCCGCUACUGCCACGGCGGCGCUACUCGCCUCUAAGCCGCGAGACCCCGCAUUCCACCUCGUCUCCAUAGAUCUGACCUCCCUCAAGCUCAAUUUCCCGGUCGUGGACGCCGACGUCAUCCUCACCGUCCACGUCUCCAACCCUAACAUCGCCCCGAUCCAGUACUCCCCGACGGAAUUGUCCAUCUUCUACUCCGGAUCGCACCUCGGAUCCGCCCGCGUCGACGCCGGCUCCCAGCCGCCGCGCUCCUGCCAGCUGCUCCGCCUCCCGGCGCGCCUCAAGGGGAAGGCGCUCGCCAAGCACUCCAAGAAGUUCGUCGCCGACGUCGCGCGCCGCGAGAUGGAUCUGGACGCGGCGGUGGAUAUCGUCGGCGCCGCCAAGGUGCUGUGGAGGGACCAGCGGUUUCGGGUCCACGUUGACAGUCGCGUGAAAGUGGAUCCGGUGCUUCUCGAUAUCGUUGAUCAGGAAAACAAGUCGAAAUUGGAGAUUUGUAUUGCUUGAAACUGUUAACUCCGGCGAGAUUCUUGCUCCGGCGGCCGGUUUUCUUAACAUGUACUCCACUCCGUAAUUUUUGGACAUUGGAUCUCUUGGGCUGCCAGAAGUCAAAUUCGGUGUUAUGGUUGACCACUUGUUGUACCCCCCGCAACUUUUAAAUUUUUAUUCUCUUCAUGUAGAGGUUUUGUUUUUGGAUAAAUAAAAGUGAAACUUGAAAUAAAUUAGAGAAAUUUUA